UCUCCGCACCCUGAGCCUGGGUGACCUGAGACAUCCGUUCGCGAGUGUGGCCCCGACACCAGGUGGCGGCGGCGGUCUGGGAGAAAGAAAUCCGGCGGCGGGGAGAGCAUGCUGCCUAAAGGCAGGGGGAGGGGCUAGCUGCCCCGCCCCCUCCGCCAGAUAUCCUUGGGCAGGGAGCCGCGGGCUCCCGCCCCCAACCGGCCCCGCCGCGUGCAGCGUCUGGGAGCGAGAAGCAGCCAACCUGGCGAGAUGGAGGCGGCCGGCACCUGGGCGCUGCUGCUGGUGCUGCUGCUGCUGCUGACGCUGGCGCUGUCCCGGACCCGGACCCGAGGCCACCUGCCCCCCGGGCCCGCGCCGCUGCCACUGCUGGGGAACCUCCUGCAGCUCCGGCCCGGGGCGCUGUACUGGGGGCUCUUGCGGCUGAGUAAGAAGUACGGACCAGUGUUCACUGUGUACCUGGGACCCUGGCGGCGCGUGGUGGUCCUGGUUGGGCACAAGGCUGUGCGGGAGGCCCUAGGAGAUCAGGCCGAGGAGUUCAGCGGGCGGGGCACGUUGGCGACGCUGGACGGGACCUUUGACGGCCAUGGGGUUUUCUUCUCCAAUGGGGAGCGGUGGAGGCAGCUGAGGAGAUUCACCAUGCUCACACUACGGGACCUGGGCAUGGGGAAGCGGGAAGGCGAGGAGCUGAUCCAGGCAGAGAUCCGGUGUCUGGUGGAAGCGUUCCAGGGGACAGAAGGACGGGCAUUUGACCCCUCCCUGCUGCUGGCCCAGGCCACCUCCAACAUGGUCUGCUCCCUCACCUUCGGCCUCCGUUUCCCCUACGAGGAUAAGGAGUUCCAGGCCUUGGUCAGGGCGGCUGGCGGCACCCUGCUGGGAAUCAGCUCCCCGUGGGGCCAGACCUACGAGAUGUUCUCCCGGCUCCUGCAGCCCCUGCCCGGCCCCCACACGAAGCUCCUGGGCCACCUGAGCACCCUGGCUGCCUUCGCCGUCCAGCAGGUGCAGCGGCACCGGGGGAACCUGGACACCUCAGGCCCUGCACUCGACGUCGUGGACACCUUCCUGCUGAAGAUGGCGCAGGAGGAACAAGACCCAAACACGGAAUUCACUGACAAGAACUUGCUGAUGACAGUCACUUAUCUGCUGUUCGCCGGGACAAUGACAGUCAGCACCACAGUCCGCUACACCCUCCUGCUCCUGCUCAAAUACCCUCGGGUCCAAGAGCUCGUGCGGGAGGAGCUGAUGCGGGAGCUGGGGCCGGGCCGGGCGCCAGGCCUGGGGGACCGAGCCCACCUCCCGUACACGGAUGCAGUUCUGCACGAGGCGCAGCGGCUGCUGGCACUGGUGCCCAUGGGAAUGCCCCGGGCCCUCACGAGGACCACCUGCUUCCGAGGGUACACCCUGCCCCAGGGCACUGAGGUCUUCCCCCUCCUCGGCUCUGUCCUCCAUGAUCCUGAGGUCUUUGAGCAGCCGGAGGAGUUCAAUCCAGGCCGGUUCCUGGGUGCGGACGGAAGGGUCAAGAAGCAAGAGGCAUUCCUGCCCUACUCCUUAGGUAAGCGCGUCUGCCUCGGGGAGGGCCUGGCACGAGCAGAGAUCUUCCUCCUAGUCACCGCCAUCCUGCAGGCCUUCUCCCUGGAGAGCCCAUGCCCACCGAGUGCCCUGAGCCUCCAGCCAGCUGUCAGUGGCCUUUUCAACAUCCCCCCAGCCUUCCAGCUGCAAGUCCGGCCCCACUGACCUCCACCCAACUCCACCAUGUGGACCAGUUGAAGGAGGGAGACUUGAGGGCUGGUGGCCUCGACAGUGGCAUGGACAUGGCUGUGUCUACAGAGCCGCAAGUGUACACCGCAGGCAGCCAAAUUCAUGCGCACAUAGCUGUUUCCUAGAGUUGGUCACACAGAUACUCAGCCUACACAUCCACAGGGCCACAGUCGUCCGCCCACACAGCUGUUGAGACACAACCACACACCCAUACACAACCACGAGGGCCACGAGGCAACUCGGCCACACAAGCUUUUUACAGACGUAAAUUUGGUCCAUCUGGAAUCAUGACCACAUGACCAGA